CAACAGGUUAAAAAGAUGAUCAGUAAUAUGGAGCAGGACUUAGAGGUGUUUCAGGAACAAGCUGUCACUAAAGGUUCUCCAUGUGAAGCUGAACUUCAGGAAUUAGUGCAUCAAAUUGACAUCAUGGUAAACAGCAAGAAAGUGGAAUGGGAAAGGAAGAUGAAAGCUUUAGAAGCAAAGAUGGAUAUCCAGGAUCAAGAAUUAGCAAGUACCCAAAGCAAACUGGAUCAAAAAGGUCAAGAGGUAGGACUACUUCGACAGAAACUGGAAGACUUGCAUGAAACUAAAUAUGAAAUGGCUCAGAAUUAUGAAGCUCAGCUUAAAGCACUGAAAUCUCAAUUUUCAAAGUUGACACACAGUUAUGAAAAGCUACAGUCACAUCAGUUAAAACAAAAAAAGGUUGAAAGUAGAGAAGAAUGUGCAGAAAGCCUAGAGACACCAUCUGAACUGAACAAUUUAUACAGGAAUCUGGAGGAAUUUAAGGCAAAAUUAAGAGAAUGGGAUGAGAAGGGGACAAUCUGCCAAAAUUAUCUUGUUUAUUUAGACGCUCAACAAAAAUCAUUGUCCAAGAAAUGUAAUUUAUUUCAGAAGCAGACCCCGAAUUAUCAAUUCCAAAUAAGCAAUAAGAAACAGAACCUAGAAGAGGUAAUUACCUAUGAACAGCCCCAAAGUGAAAAGGAAGAGUUGAUUAUUGAAAAGUUAAAGGCAACUGUGAAUGAAAUAGCAAUAAACAAGAAUAAACUAGAAGAGGAAAAUCUGAAACUCCGGGAGGAUCUAAAAAUGUACCAAAACCAGUGCCAGAACAUGGAGGCAGACUUUUCAGAAAUGAGAAAUGAGCUGCAGUCACGGGAUGCUCGCUGGAGAAGGAUACAACUGGAAUGCCAACAGUUGCAUACAGAAUUAUUGAAAAUCAGAGACUAUAAAGAUAUGCAGGAAAGUCAAAUACAGCAUCAAUCAGCUUGUGUGCAACUUACUGAACAACUAGAAAAUAAAAACGCUGAGUUAUUCCUAUUGGCACAAAGUCAAGAACACCAACUAGAAGAGCUAAACAAGAUAAGAAACCAUCUUUAUCGAGAGGAGCAGUCCCAUCGCUCUGAGCAGGAAAGAAUGAAGACAGAAAUCUCUGACCUGACAGAAGAGCUUCAUCAGAAGGAGAUCACUAUAGCAACUAUCAUGGAGAAAGCUAGUCUUCUGGAAAGACAGUUAAAAAUGGAGUUAGAGAUAAAAGACAAAUUGUUAGCAAAACAACAGUUGUUGGAUUUCCGAUACAGAGUUAUCAAAUCUGAAAACACACAUCUAAAAGAGAUGGUGGAAAACCAGGAAUGUAAAAGUUGCAUGAGUAUAGAUUUAUCUAACAAAGAACAUGGAAAUUUCACAGCUUCCAUUAAGAAACUGGAACAUGAGAAUGUAAAAUUACAAAAUAGUCUUGUUAAACUACAAAAUGACACUGAAACAUCAAUACUGGGUCACAUGGAUACGUACGGAGAAACAGAGCACAGCUACCAAACCCAUUCAAAGAUGCAAGAAGAGGAAGAGAGAACUUUCCAAAAGAAAGAAGGAUGGGAAAUUGAAUGUCAACAGACUGCUAUGUUCCCAGCCAGUGGCUACCACAGAACCUGUUGUCCUGCUUUAUACGGCCAAGGCAAUACCACUCUUUCAAAAAGUGGUAGCACUUUAUCUUCUUACACACUUCACAGAGGUCACGAGAAGAAAAUAGAGGAUAAAUCUCCGUCAGCCCCAGUGAGGUCUCCUUUGGGCUUUGGUGGGCCGUUUCCUGAAAAGGGCAGAACAGGCAGCUUUUUGAGCCCUGCUUACAGUGCAGAAGAAAUCCAAUUAUCAUAUCCUCCUGAGAUGUCCUUCCUUGCAACAACAGAGAAGUUCCUUCAAGAGGAGGAGAAACAUACAAGAGAGCUUGAAGAACGUUUAAAUUCGCACCUUGAGGAACUGCAAAGACAUUCUGAAAACACUCUAAAAAGAUAUGCCAGGGUACAGGAAAGCCAGUCCCUCAACUAA